AAACGGUUUGGCUGAAAGUUUUCGUUGUGCCUAUUUAGAAUCAUUUAUUUUGAUUAUUUGAAAAAAGAGUUCGUGAAAUGUCAUUCAACAGGCGAAGGUGGUCGAACGAAUUGCUUGAUUCACUAAUGGAUUUUCAGAAUAAAACUUCUUCAGAAUUGAAUGAUUCUAUGAACAAGGAUAAAGAACAAGUAUCUCCUGCAGAUUUAUUGAAUGAUAGAUGUAGAUGUUUAGAUACAGAAAGUUUGGAAACUUCAUCUUAUAGACAAGUUGGAGAUUUCAAUUUCUUGAAGAAUGAUGAGAAAACAGAUUGUGAUAAAAAAAAUGUUUAUUCAUAUUUAAACAACAAGGUUGUAGAGAAUAUUAGUGUUAGUUCAGAGGAAACUGCCAAUUUUUUUUCCUGUGAUUCAAGUAAUAAUCAAAAUACAAUAGAUACUCAAUCUAUCAAAAGUCAAUCCACUCAGUACUCUUGUGAAAUUUUCCAUGAAGCUAUAACAUUUCAUCAUGAAAACAUUAUGAAGAACAAUGAGAAUCCAGGUAGUCAGUCUAAUGAAUCAAGUCAGAUCGAUAACAUAAUCUUAAAAGAUGAAGUCACUACUGUAAAGAACCAUUCUAGCACAAAUUUAAUGUUAUUUGAUAACGAAGGUGAUAUGACUAAGAGAUUUUUCUCAUCUCCAGUAGAAUUCCCAAACCUGUGUAAAGAACAAAUUGGAGAGGUGACUCAGCCUGAUAUAUGGGAUGCUUUACAAGAACUUGAUCAAAUUCUUUCACCAUUUGGAGAAGAAGAAACUAUUGCAAAAGAAAAGCAACCCACUCCUAAUCUUCUGAGUAGACUGUCUCGGAAGUUCAAGAAAACACCUUCAAGAUUCACUGAAAAAUUGAUAUCAAUACUUGAAGAUUCAGUUAUCUCCACUGAAUCUCCAACUAAGCACAAUGUAGCAAACAAUUCUGGAAUUAGCUUGCAUCGAAUGACUGGGGAAUUCAGAAAACUCUGUAAAUUCAUUGAGGAUGAGUCAAUGCCUGAAUUGGUUCCAUCAAUGGCAAAUACCACUGCUUUAUAUACUGAGAAGACAGAAACAUCAGAGAGUGAUAAAGCUCUGGAAAAUCAUACUUUAGAAACUCCAAGAAAUACAAUCAGGUAUAUUCAAGAUACACCAACACAUAAAUCCACACCACAAGCUUUAAGGGCACUUUUAACUCCAAAGAGCAAAGUCAUAUCGCGGAAUCAAACUCCAAUUAAACAGUUCACGCCGAGUGCGGAUAAGUCUUUUGAAUACUGGGAAAAAAUUUGUAACAUAAUGUGUGACCCUAAUAGCGCAGAAAAAAUUAAAAGAAAAACUCCUCUCAUUCAAGAAGGUGCAAAGCGUAGCAUGGAUGAGAUGCUUACGAUAUGCGAACGUCAGAUGGCUUCGUUAGACAAUACUACAAUAGACAUUAGAACUUCAGAGCCUUGCAAAAAAACUGACAGCGAGAUAAAGCUAAAGAUCCUUCAAACGCCAAGAUCAAAAUCAGUUUCUAAAACAUAUGAAAGCUGUGGGAAAAACGUAAAGUCAUUGUACAAGAAAAAUGAAGUUGAUAAAACUGAUGGUAAACUAGAUGAAAAGAUAAUUAUACAAGUAGCUGGUAAAGAAGAAAAUGUGGAAAAAGAAAAACCGAUAAAUCUUGACGAUACUAUCGAUGAUACCGUCAUCAUGACCGAUUCAGACAAUACAUCAAGUGAUUCGAGCUUUUUAAAAAGAAGAAUGUUAAAAUUAAACGACCAAGAUUCCUUCAAAAUUGACUCGAAGGAUACAAGUGUUAAUGAACAGAAUUCCUAUGAUGGUCACGAACCUCUUAAAAAAGAGAAAUCAGAGGAACAAAAGUUAUUUGAAAAUGAUUUCAAGUUGAUUUCUUAUAGCCCUCAAGACACGCAGUCAAAAACGCAAUCAGAACUGUCGUAUGACCCCGACGAUCCAGACUGCUCGCUCAUAGCUGAAUUGGCCUUGAGACGUCAGAGGUGUCUUGAAACUGCCAAGUUGAUGAUGGAGAUAGACCAAGAAGAUCCCAUGACAAGUGACCAAGACAAGACAUGUCUAGAAACGUUGUACAAGCUGGGUAUACAAGAUAAGACAUUUGCUGAAGUUGAAGAGGACACCAAAUUUCUUAAUACGCUUAACGAGUGUCUCGAGUACAGAAAUUAUUUUAGUGAAAAGAAAAAGCCCAUUAUUAAGGCGUUACAGAAGUUCGAUACUCCUGAGGAAAUGAAGAAAAAGACCACCUCUAUAAUUCGCUCUCAGAGUCAAAUGAUUACGAAAAAACCAGCAGUUAAAUCGACUUUGCAGAGGGCCAAUUCAAACAAAACUUUGUAUAAUAGCAAGAUGACACCAAGACUUGCCUCCAGUAUCGCAGCUUCAAAAGUAACUCCGAGAAUCACUAAAACCUCCUCAAAUCUAAGAGCAAUGCCGAGAACCUCAGCGACUACACCCAGCAGCUCGGCGAUAGCACCAAGAGUUUCGGCGACAACGUCAAAAGUCCCAUCAAUAAUUCAAAGAACCACGUCUACGACUACACCAAGAAUAAUGAAUACGACACCCCGACCUAUGCCGAGAUCAACAUCCAAAAUAACUCCGCAGGUGACUAAGAGAACUUUGUAUCCACAAACUGAGCAGAGCAAACUAGCACACAAGUUACCGAUAAAGACGCCUCAGUCGUUGCAGAAGCCGAUAUUGAGACGACCAAUUUUUAGAUUGUCAGCGAAUACUACUCAGAAACUUACACCACCAUCAGAACUGAAACCAUGUGCUUCUAAGGUAGUUGAAAAAUCAACACCAUCAUCAGAAUUGAAGUCAGACACUGCUAGGUUAGCUGAAAAAUUACUAUCGCCGCCGCCAACGGAAAUUAUUACUUCAAAACCUACACCAAAACGAGUAGCAGAUCUCAAGAGUCCCACUAAAGUUACCACCUCGCCACCAAUCACACCUCGACCUCGAUUCUUCCUUUCGCCUGGAAAAAGCCCUAAUAAUGUAAUUUUGGGAAGAAAAAAACCUGCAUCAUAUUUUUCGGAAAAGGCUCCCAAAAUACCUCUCACUCCACACAACUUCAAUCGUGAUAUUAAAUCACCCAUUGGUUUAUAUAUAAAUAGUAUUGAUAAUGACUUAAUUAAAAAUAUACAUGCAAAGACGAACGAUCGCCUGCUGACGCCUGUGUCGUAUGGAGAAAAUGGCAAAAGUCCUCGGCUCAAAAUUAGGCUUGCGUCAAAGGAGAAUCAGUCCCCACCUGUUUGCAACGAGAAUAUUGUGCUGCCAACGGUUCGAUAUCAGUCAGCCAAAAACAUUUUCUUGAUUGAUAAUAAAUCAAGCUAUUCACCGAGCUCAAUUACGCCAAACUCGAAAACAAAGAAAUUGCUGGAAUCUGUUGAGAAUACCAUUAUUAUUCGUCAUGAAGGUCGAAUUUGCGAGCCUAAUCAAAAAACAAAUUACGAUGAUGUCGAAACGUCCAUUCGCGUUCGGAAAGUGGCUGAAAAAACUACGCCUCUACGAAGAAAAGUUAUGGAAUGAAAAAAAUAUAUCUUAUAGAUUUUUAUUAUAUAGUUUAAUUAAUAUCAUAAAGUAGUGAGAGGAUAAUUUGAAAAACUAAUAUUUUCACGUCAAAUAAGCUUUUAAUAACAUUUAUUGUCAUUUAUCAAACAAAAAGCUAUAUGUAUAAAUAUUUUGUUCCUAAUUAUGAAAUUCUUUUGACCGUAGCAUCCACGCAAAUUUUUUAA